UUGCUUGACGUCAUCAACUUGUGAACCAGUGUGAUGGUGAAAUGAGAUGAGGCUCCGAAAUGGAACUGUGGCCACUGCGCUGGUGUUUGUCACGUCCUUCCUUACCCUGUCCUGGUAUACCACAUGGCAAAAUGGGAAAGAAAAACUAAUUGCUUAUCAACGUGAAUUCCUUGCUCUAAAAGAACGUCUUCGAGUGGCCGAACAUAGGAUAUCUCAGCGAUCCUCUGAGCUAAACACCAUUGUCCAACAGUUCCGCAGAGCUGGAGCAGAGACUAAUGGAAGUAAGACUGCUCUGAGUACAUUCUCAGAUAAUACCAUAAAGCUUCUAAAAGAGUUGACAAGCAAAAAAUCACUUCAAGUGCCAAGUAUUUAUUAUCAUUUGCCUCAUCUAUUGCAAAAUGAAAGAAGCCUUCAGCCCGCCGUACAGAUUGGCAGUGGAAGAACAGGAGUUUCAAUAGUAAUGGGCAUUCCUACUGUGAAGAGAGAAGUUAAAUCUUACCUCAUAGAAACCCUUCACUCCCUUAUUGAUAAUCUGUAUCCUGAAGAGAAGCUGGACUGCGUUAUAGUCGUCUUCAUAGGAGAGACAGAUCUUGAUUAUGUUCACAGCGUUGUUGCCAACCUGGAGAAAGAGUUUUCUAGAGAAAUUAGUUCUGGCCUGCUGGAAAUAAUCUCUCCUCCUGAAAGCUAUUACCCAGACUUGACAAACCUGAAGGAGACGUUCGGAGACUCCAAGGAAAGAGUAAGAUGGAGAACCAAGCAGAAUCUGGAUUAUUGUUUUCUGAUGAUGUAUGCUCAGGAGAAGGGCGUCUACUACAUUCAGCUUGAAGAUGAUAUUAUUGUCAAACAAAACUAUUUUAAUACCAUAAAAAAUUUUGCACUUCAACUUUCUUCAGAAGAAUGGAUGAUUCUAGAGUUUUCCCAGCUUGGCUUCAUUGGAAAGAUGUUUCAGGCGCCGGACCUCGCUCUGGUUGUGGAGUUCAUCCUUAUGUUCUAUAAGGAGAAGCCCAUUGACUGGCUCCUGGACCAUAUUCUCUGGGUGAAGGUCUGCAACCCCGAAAAAGAUGCCAAACACUGCGACAGACAGAAGGCAAACCUACGAAUCCGCUUCCGACCCUCCCUCUUCCAGCACGUGGGACUACACUCGUCUCUGUCGGGGAAAAUUCAGAAACUCACGGAUAAAGAUUACAUGAAACCAUUGCUUCUCAAGAUCCAUGUGAACCCGCCUGCAGAGGUCUCCACCUCCCUGAAGGUGUACCAAGGACACACGCUGGAGAAGACCUACAUGGGGGAAGACUUCUUCUGGGCCAUCACCCCCACGGCUGGAGACUACAUCUUGUUUAAAUUUGACAAACCGGUCAAUGUGGAGAGUUAUUUGUUCCACAGCGGCAAUCAAGAGCACCCAGGAGAUAUCCUGCUGAACACAACCGUGGAUGUUCUGCCUCUUAAGAGCGACAGUUUGGAAAUCAGCAAAGAAACCAAAGACAAACGAUUAGAAGAUGGCUAUUUCAGAAUAGGGAAAUUUGAGUAUGGUGUUGCAGAGGGAAUCGUGGAUCCUGCUCUAAACCCUAUUUCAGCCUUUCGACUUUCGGUUAUUCAGAACUCCGCCGUUUGGGCCAUUCUUAAUGAGAUUCAUAUUAAAAAAAUCACCAGUUGAUCUGCUUAGAAACCAACACAUCCUUUCUUAUGACUCUUGAUUAAAGAUAAUUAGCACGUCCUCUUCUGUUUGGACUUGAACACUACCUCUCGUGAAGCCUACUGUAGAUAAGAUGAUUGUCAUCUCCACUCGGACAGGGACUCUUCCCACGGAUAACUACAUUCAUUUGAAGCUAGGCUGUCUUCUAAUUUGAACUUGAGACAAACAUUUUACAAUUCUGACAGCCUGCUAACAUGACUGAGACUAUUUUAGUAUUAUACUAAUACACAAGAGUUGUACAUAUUGUUACAUUCCUUAAAAUUUGAGAAAACUGAUGUUAAAUACAUUUUGUGAAGGGGGUACUUUUGAAGUUCACUUAUUUUACUAUUAUAGACCCUCUUUUAUAGACGAUCAGGGAUAUUAUAUAUAUAUAUAUAAAUAUAUAAAUACACAUGAAGAUGUUAUGAAGUUAAUUUAUUAGAAGCACUUAAGAAGUACAUAUUUUUGUGCAGUAAAGUUUUGGAUCAACACCUUUUUUUGAAGAAGCGGUUCCCCAGCUUUUUUAAGUUCUUUCUAUAUUUUUAUUUGGAAAUGCAGACAUUAUAGAUCAACGCCAUUUUUUCCAGUGCACUGCCAUUCCAGAUCGGUUCUAGAUGGGUUUCUUAACUUGAAGUACUUUUAUAAUCACAGCAAUUCUGAACAAAAUAUUUUCAGAGGCAUUUGUCAUUCCUAAAAAAAUCAAGAUUUUAAAAGACCAAUGUCCUCUCGAGGGUUAUAUUACUGUACUGUGUAUGGUGUGUAGCCACAGAAAACCAGUGUGAUUGUCAGUGUCCAGGUGGGAGGCCCCUGCCACGUCUCCACAGACUCCUUCACCGUUCAUAGUUCCCUCCAUGUGGGUGCUGAGACUCCCUUCCCUUUUGUUCUCUUUAAUCAGUAGGUAGACACACUUUCUUUUCUCCCUGGUUGGUCCUUUUAUAGACCUGUGGUAGGUUUUGGAGUUCAGAUAAUGUUUUUUGGGUAAUGCUGUUGAGUGAGUCAUAUUGGGUAUAAUUUUACAACCAAAAUUGUAAUAUGGGGCUCUGGUGAAAGACAACCGUAGGGCUUCUGUUUCCAUAGCAUGAUUUGCUCUGCUGUGUCAUGAACGUGGAGGUUGAAUGCUGUGUCCACAGAGUGCGUGUGCAUCCUCACCUUGCAGUCCCAAGUAGCACUAGUUGGCAAAAGUGCUUCACUCUUAGAGUUAGGAAGGCCAAGCAACAGUUGCCAGUCUUCUCUGUUUCGCCAGGAGCUGGGCAUGUCCAGCAGGUGUGGUGGAGGCCGAGGGUUGUGGGAGGUCCCAGUUGGUGGCCUCCAUCCUGGAGCUUUCUUAGUUGCCCAGUGUAUGGAACACAUAUGACUAGGCAGCAGCCAUUUUGUAUGUUCUAACUGGGAAAAUGUAGAUAAACACUACUGUGCAUGUCAAAGCCCAGCUGAAGCUUUUCUUGGUGUUUUGUAAAUCUCCCCUCAUUUCUUUCACCUUUUAAAUUUCUUCUCUGAUUUCCUAUGGCCUGUGCCUACAAGCAAAUCCUUAGAAGAUGUAAGCACUAUCUUCCCACACUCAGCAGGGUGCAGCAGGGUGCCAGACUGUGAAAGCAUGUGGGGACCCCGAGAUCUCUGCUUUCUCGGUAGCUGAGUUGAGGAAGGCCAGGCUUUGAAAAUCCAGAGGGCCGUUGGGAUGUCUCGUGCGUGUGUCUCUGAGCACAUCCUCUUGCUGUGCUCUACCCCUCUGUCUUGCCUCGAGGGACUCUUUUAGCCAAGUCCUUUCCUUCAUUCAAGGAAUCCCUCCCUUUUCCCGGCGAGCUUGUUCCCAGUGCCUGGAACAUGCCUGAGCCUUGGCAGGCUCUUUUGGCCUCUGGAUGAGUUGACUAGCCAGGUUGUUUGCCUGCUAUCUUGCCAUGCACGGGCACAGGCACUCUGUGUCUAGUCUUCAUUGUGUGUGGUGUGUGUUCUCCAACACACGCCAAGCUCUGGAGGCCAGCUCUCCUGUCUUCCACCACAUCAGGCGCUCUUCUGACCCCUCAGUGUUAGUUGCUCCCUCCUUUGUGCCCAGCUCAGCACUAGACUAUCAGAAACAGAUGUGCUUGCCCCAAGCAAGAUUUUGUGGGAUCCCCAGAGGUUGAUGAGGGUGAAGACUGGAGGAGAUGAAGACAGAGUCCUUAGAAUUGUAAGGUGUCCAUCCACAUUAUACCUUGGAGGCCACCAACCAACUUUCACCCACAUAGUGAAUGGGAAAAGUGCCAAAUGCAGUACUAAUUAUAUCUGUGAAAUAGGUCGUGGUUGACAUCAGUGUGUAUUUCAGAUAGCUCAGACGCUAAAGCAGUGCUGGCCUCUACAGACGCUACAAAACACAUCUAUUGAAAUGAAAAGUUGAGUUCUGUUCCCAUGUUGGCAGCCUUCUGAGUGCUCAGUGGUUACAUGGCCAGCAGCCACUAUAUUGGAUCCCAGAAAUAUGGGACAUUGACAUCACAGUGGGAAGUUCUGCUGGUCAUGUAAACAUGCGCGUUCUAGAAAGGGGAAGUGAUGCAUCCUGCUGCUGUGGUUAAAAGUAGACCUAUGGAUUCAUUUUAGUGCAGGUGAAGGUAUUUUGGUGAGAUAGCCAAGAUUCCCAGGCUACAUGUUAGUGUCAUCAUUCUUCCCAGCAUGCAUUGUUUCAGUAUCCUCAAGAGGUAUGUUUGAAAAGCAUGAGAAGUAAAUGCAGAUGGAUGAUGGCUUGUAGGUUAGACGUAUGGUAUGUCCAUCAGUGUGUUUGAACAAAGGUUCUUGAUCUUUGGUUAUAUGUAAAAGAUUAGGUGUGCUUAUUUCAAAAGCUGUCAGAAAGUUGGAGACUAGAGUUCUUUUUAGUCUUUAAUAAUUACGAGAACUACAGUCCCCAACGGAAAAGUUUGCUUGUGUACAAAUAGUUGUUGGCAAAGGUUGUUCCAGUUAGUAAGUGUAUAUCUGUCAUAUACAGGAUUCUAAGAACGACCCCUCCCAUGACCUUGUAUAAUAUCCUCCCCUCCUGAGUAUAUUGAGAACUGUGACCAUGUCAUGUCUUGUUACUUAACAAAAAGGAGAUAUCUGUGAGUGACUGGUCCAAUCUUGUGAGCCAUGUCAGAAACAGCAGCAGAACUCUGAACAGCACCGCUGGCCCAAGUGGAAGGGGCCCCACUAAGGGACUGUGGGUGGCCUGCCUUAAGGAGCCAGAGGCUUUGUUACCCACCAAGUGGGAGCUGCGGACCUUUUGCCACAGAACAGUUUGACCCAGACACUUACCCAGACUUAGACAUGGAAAUCUUUGAUGAGCAGCCAGCCUGGUAAACACCUUUACUGUAAGUGGGCCUACCUUCUGAUGUACAGCAAUAGACAAUAAAUGGGUGAUGUGGCUAGAUUUGUGUUUUGUAAGAAGCAACAGAAUCUCAGUCAGUCCCGAGACAUCUUCAUAUGUGAUUGCCUGCGGUAGACUAGUUUUUAAGACAAAGUCUCACCUUGCACCCCAGGCUGGUUCUCCCAGUUCUGCCUCUCAAGUGCUAAUGUGUAUCACCAUGCCUAGCUGACUGAUGGUUUUUGACCUAACUCGUUCCUAGCAAGCCCUAUACCCAGGUCUCUGCUAGGAUGUUUGGUGCCAGGACCCCUGUCUCCACAAGUCAGACUUGCAUUAUCUUUUGUUCUGUAAAACUGCCAGGAUGAGGCUGUAGGUAUGGGCUGUAGGCAUCUUUUUCUCCUAGAUGCUCCUAAAUUAUACUGACUUAAAGGCCUGCCAGAGGUACGGGAAAGAAUGAUGAGCAACAGUAUUUUAGAUCAGACUGAGAAGAAAAAUUCCCACCUUCAUGUCGACGUGCUGUGUCCAGCCUUCUGACAGUGCAGCAUGAGGCCACCAUCCAUCUACAGAGUCCAUGCUCAACAACACAUGGUCCAGUUACAAAGACAAGGAAACUCUUAAAAAGCUUUGAGUACGUUUACAAUUGUGUAUUGUGCCAUUCAUUGCUAUCCUGUGACACAGGCUGAACAUACCUGCAAGAGCUUCGGCUAUGACAGGUGUAAUUAAAAAAAAACAAAACACUUAGCUGAGUAGCUCACGGCUCAAACCCUGUAUGUUCUGACCAAGGUUUUGCAUUUAUGUUUCCCAAAAUACCUCCACUUGCAAGCCAAUAACUGCUAAUGAGGUUUCCUAUCUCAGUUCACUCAUUCAUGCUUAUUAUUAUUAACCAUGCUGCCAUAGCCUUGAAGGAAAAUGAACAGAACUGAAGGAAAGGAACCCAGAGGUUAAACACUGUUGUCAUCUUCACAUGGUAAGGGAUCAAGUCCCGGUUCAAGACUUCUAGAGAAGGGCAUUCCCGAGCUAUGUAGCAACAUUUACAGCUUGUAAAACUUAAACCUUGAUAGUUGUGAGGACUUAAAUGAUUAGUAUUAAUAUAUAUGCUAUGCUAAUUAAUAUGCUAAAUUUAAUGCAUGUGAACAUACAAUGCUACAAAGACGACCAGUCUUUUACAAAGAGAGAAAGAAUACAACAACAGAAACACCCCAAGGCUUUUGUUACCCGAGCCCCUAUACUCUAUCACUAGCUAAACAGACCUUUGUUUCUGAAAUGCUCCCUUUUCCAGUUUCUGCACUACCUAAAAAUGCACGUGUGAAGGCAGACAGGCAGCAGGUGACAGUGUUUGCAGCGACCUCAGCAGGGAAGGGAAGCAUUCAUGCAGGGAGCCACUGCCACUUCGUGUGCAGUGUGAAUCCUGGUCCCCAGUGGGGACCCUGCUGCUCUAAACACAGGUUUGUUGUGGGGACAGCUAAAUCCUUGUGAUACUAAGGAGGCUGCUUCUUGCAGCUGCUCUGCUGUAGAGUUAGCAAUUGGUCCCAGAAUAGAAAGAGUGGGGUCCUUUAGCUUGCUUGGCAUUCCAUUCUUUAUUGGAAAUGUUCCAGCGCUGUCCACCUGAAGAGAGCUGCUGGGACAGUGUAGUCUGAGUCCACUAAGCCUCACACCCGUUUCCCCCAGUGGAGUCAAAGACUCCAUUGUGCUUUGGAGCACUUCCUCCAGUCUGUCUUUGUGUUGGGGGAUGUUCUUGGAGCAGCCCAAGGAGUCUCUGCUAGGUUAUACUAGGUUCUCUUUUCCUCUGCACAUACUUUGCUCACAGUGUCUUUAUGGGUUGAACAGUUAAUAACUGCAGUAAUAUUUGAGGUACCUGUUGAAUUUUUAAAAAUGGAUUAUUUAUUUUCAAGUUUGCUGCUAUAAUUGAAACCCAAUAAUGUCCUGUUGACUGUGCCUUUCAUAACUGUCUCUGUGCUACAACUGUCCAUGUGUAUUUGAAAUAAAGAAGUUUGAAAAGCUA